AUAAAGCCAGGCACAUUUUCGCUGGUAAGUCCUUUACUUUCGUUCCUUAUUCCCAAACAAAUGGCCACAGAACGCGACAGAGCUGUUCUUCAAACCAUAUUCAACCCAACGACGCCUUUCGGCGAUGUUGUUGGCUUAAAUGAAAAGGAGGAUGUGACAGAUGAUGAUGGUGCCUUUGACGUAAAGCUCCUGAGGCAGGUGAAAGACCUGGAAAUCCAAGGGGUUUCGGCUGCGGAGUCCGGUGACGUGUCCAAGGCCCUAGAACAUUUUAACCAGGCAAUCGGUUUGUUACCUCAGAGGGCCUCUGCAUACAACAACAGAGCACAGGCCCGCAGACUCCAGGGGGACGCAGCAGGUGCAAUGCAGGACCUGGAACAGGCCAUUUCUUUAAGCGGGGGCGCCGGCCGCACGGCCUGCCAGGCUCUGGUGCAGCGGGGGCUGCUGUUCCGUCUGACUGGCCGCAACGAGGAAGCGAGGCUGGACUUCGAGCGGGCCGCCGCACUGGGAAGCGAAUUCGCCCGACAGCAGGCCGUGCUUCUGAAUCCGUACUCCGCGCUCUGCAAUCGCAUGCUGUCCGAGAUGAUAUGCAAACUGCGCAAUCCAGACUGGCCUGAGACACCGUCGCAGUAGGCAUUUCGAAUGCUGUCGCAUUAAACAUCUGGAUAUUUCGAGUCGCAUUGAAUGAAUAAAGUAUGAUUAUAUUUUUAAGGUA